UUAAAACAUCAAACCAAAUUUCUUCUUAUUUUAUUGAUUUCAAAACAUAUUUUCUCUGAACUUGAGUCAUAUUCAUCUAGUGACCCUAUUGUUACAGCCAUUAGGACAGAAACGUCUAUAAAGGCGAUAAGAUAGUUAAUUUGCUGUAACAAAAUUGUGUACAGAAACUGUUGCAAACACCUACCAUAGGUUUAUAUGCAGUUUCACAAUAAACACCGGAUUGGCAAACUCAUUGAUUCCAAAGAAUAUCGAAAACGGACUAAUAAAUUCGAAAGAAAGGAAAAAAAAACAUGUAAUAUUUUUCUAUAAAUUUAAUGAAGGCAAGACCACUGCAAACUGAUGCCCGACAUCGUGUAGACCUAAUUCACAACUUCUAAUUGAGAUUACACCCUAAGUCCCUAAACUCCAACAAAAUAUGAAUUAGACCCUAACAAACUAAAUGAAAUCAUCAUUAAUAAAUAAAAUGCCCAAAAUCGAAUCAAGUCUUUCACACGCUUUUAUGUAUUGUGUUGGACUGCAUCAUUCUUCUCGGAUUGAAGAAGCUUUGCCAUCGAAUCCUGCCACCUUUUUUCACCCAUCUCGUUAUUCUCGUAUUGGUAGAAAUUCACCUUCUCUUGAAAAUCCAGCCGAAAGGAUUGCUUUGAUGUUUGUAUAGUCUCUGGCAAAAGGAACAUUGAUGCCACUAACCGACAACACUGCAAGAAUGAUUAGACCUUUCGACAUUUUAUGUGUGUCAUGAAUUUUAAUGGUGUAUAAUGAUUGAACAAGGAAUAAUAAAACAUAAAAUCAUAGGAAAAUCUAAAUCCUGCUGUCUCAAUUUUGGAUUUACUGACAUUACUAGAGAACUCAUCAUGGAUGGUUUUGAUUGUUCACAACAAUGUUAUAAUUGAUUUAUCGUAGGUAAAUGAACGGAAAUGUUCAGGGUGGAUACAGAUCCCCACCUACCUUUAUCCUUUCUAUUUUGCGUGUCCAUUACAUCUUAAGCUUUUGUCAGCAACAUCUCUAAGAUAUUUUCACAUGGAAAAUUUUAAUUUGCAGUCAUCAUUGACUAUGGCAUGCUUAAUCUAUGCUCUUUCUCAUGUAAACAUCAUAGUCAACUCGAGAGCAUAAUACAUGUUGCCCCAAUUUAUAUCAAGAUCUAUGGGUGAAUUAUAUUUGAUAUAAGUAUUUCUUACCUGAACUAAAACUUGUAGUUCGAUUUUGCUAGUGGCAGAAAGCAGUUUUAAGUUCAUAAUGCAUCCAGAUUUGAGAACUUUUUCCAACUCCAGGUUCUGCUGUUGGAUUCAAGUUGGACAGUCUUUUAAAACUCUCUGAUACUCGUGCUAACAACAAGAUGACACUCAUGCAUUAUCUUUGUAAGGUUCUUGCAUCUAAGUCACCAGCUCUUUUAGACUUCCAUGAAGAUCUUGUUAACCUGGAAGCUGCCUCAAAGAUACAAUUGAAAUUUUUAGCAGAAGAAAUGCAGGCAAUUAUCAAGGGAUUAGAAAAGGUAAAGCAGGAAUUGGCUGCUUCAGAAAAUGAUGGUCUUGUAUCUGAAAUUUUUAGAAAGACGCUAAAUCAAUUCAUUGGUGUUGCUGAGAUAGAGGUGGCCUCUGUUACAAAUUUAUAUUCUGUUGUGGGACGAAAUGCAGAUGCACUGGCUCUAUAUUUUGGUGAAGAUCCUGCCCGCUGCCCAUUUGAGCAAGUUACCGCUACCCUCUCAAAUUUUGUGAGGUUGUUUCGGAAAGCUCAUGAAGAGAAUGGUAAACAGGCUGAACUAGAAAAGAAGAAAGCUCAAAAGGAGGCUGAAAUGGAGAAUGCAAAGGGAAUAAAUCUAUCAAAGGGUUCAAAGGACUGAGAAUUGUUUUAAUAUUUUCUCAAGAAUUCACGUUUCUUCCACAAUGGUCAGCCCAUGCGGUUUAAGACUGUUGACCAAUGCACAUUAGGUGACCAGCCACCUGCCUUGCAUUCUGAUGUAGUUCUUUAACUUUUGGGGAGUCUCAGAAGCUGGAGCAAGAGAACUAGCUGAUGAAGCUUGAAAAACCUGAAAGUUUUGAAAGAGAGCAAUUAAGGUAUCAAUGAGAUGCUUUUCCGCUAGAUGGAGGAUGCAAAAAACUGACUUUUCAUGUGCAGACCACCUGGUUUUACCAUCUUAAAGCAGUUCUUAUUGAUGUUGGAGCUGGGAUUUUCCUCAAAUGAUUUAUCAGAGGUAGGCAGUGGAUCCCUCUCUUGAACAUUACAGGACCGAAUUUUUUGAUGCCCUAGGUUCUGUUUAGCAAAUUUAGCAUAAAGCAUGGUGGUUUGGUUUGAUUCGGCUUAAGCAUCACCACCUAUUCUGUGUAUCAGCUUGCAAGAGGAUAUGUCGGAAUUGUCAAGCAGAUAACCAAAAUGUACUAUGAAACUUGUACAGAACUCAACCCUGUUUUCAGAUGAAAGCUAAUUCUUUUUGUUGUAACAUAAGGAGAAAAGUUGGUCCCUUUCUGUAGUCAUGUUUUGAUGGGAACCCACGACAUCUGUAUAGAAGUAGAGGAUUAAAUAGAAUGUAGAAAGUAGGUUCUGUUAGUGUAAUAGUAAUGAAAUCCAGGUAUAGGUUUAGGUUUCAAAUAUUCUGCUAAAUUUUAUUUUAUUCAACUCAUCAUUUAUUAAAAGAGGCAUUUUUUCAUCUCUCCUGUAAUUUCGAUACUCUUUUAUAGUUGAGUUGGCAUAAGAA